AUAAAGUGUGAAAAAUUAUAUAUGGUUUGUUCAAAUCUUACUUAUAUUUUAAAUGCUAAAGUUUUUUCGUAUGGAUGUUUGUUACUGUUUAACUAAAAACUACUGAAUGAAUAUGAAAGAAAUCUGGAAACAAGAUAGAUUAUAAUUAUAGUCUGGAAUAAAUGGAUAUAUUAUGUAGCAUAGUUGUAUUUCCUGCUAUUGGUAUAGAGAACAAAAGCAAUGGAAAGAUCUGGUUAGAAUCAUAAAAUUAAUUAAGAUUGUAUAUUAUAACAUUUAAUAUUUGGUUUCUUUUUGGACUGCUGAAGGGUUUACUUUUUGAUGGAUAUAUAAUAUAAGAACUGCAAGUUAAUAGUUAGGUGUUAGAUAAAGAAUUAUAAGAUUUAUAAAUUGUCUGUUAUAUUUUAAAUAAAAGGAUAAAAUGAGGCCAGUGCAUGGCAAUAUUCUUAAUUAUUGUGCGUAAUAUGCAUUAUACAGCCGCACCUAUACUCCAGGGUAUAAUUUAUAGUUGUGAUGUUAUAUUAUAAAGAUAAUGUUGAUUUACUAGGCAGCAUACAAUAGUUAUUAUUUUACGAGAAUGCAAGGGAGUACUUACUUACACAUAUAUUGUUAAUACUUAUGCUUACAUAAACAAAUUAAUUACAUAGUUAACUUUUGAAACACUAAAUUUAUUAUUUGUAUAUAAUAAAAAAAUAUGAUGAACAUAAAAUAAAAUAUCUGGUAAAACGUUAUUGGCUACUGAACUUUUAUUUUCCAUGAAAUAUCAACUAAAAGAGAAGGUUCAGGAAGUCCCCUAUCAAUUUUGUUAGUUUGGCAACACUGACAUUGGGAAUUACCCACAGCAGACGUACGACGCCGAUGAAUGGUGUAAUUCAUUCAUUCGUUAAUAGUUCAUUGUGUAACGUACUGGCGUACAUUCAUUGUAAGUGUGGCGUGCUCAUUGUUUAUUGGUUGUUGGGUGAUUUCAUUGCAUAGGUAGUUAUUGUUAGUACCAGUCAGUAAAUAGUGACUUUGGUUGUUGCUUGUUGGUGUCCACGAUUUUGAAAGAUGACAAACAGAAACACGAGGCGAAAAAAUAAACCAGUUAAAACUUUGGAAGAAAUAUUUCAAGAAAUAAAUAGAAGACAUGUACGGAUUAAAAAAAAAGAGAGGAUAAACAAUCAAUCUAUACUUUAUAAAGUGCUACAAGAACUUCUGACCUCAAUGCGUAAAUGCGACAGCUUGUUUGACAGCAUGAAACCAAGAUUAGCGUAUUUGGGUAGCUACUUUGAUGGAUUACGCGUGGGACAACCGACAGAGUACGAUAUAAAUAUUAUUCUGACCGUACACAUCAAUUAUAAUAAAAUAGAAUUAGAUGCUCGUCAUUCUGAAAAUGGCUAUACGAGUAUAAUAAUGCCGGAAGAAUUUCGCAGACUGUCCAAAACUCCCGCAACAGCUGAACGAGGUUUCAAAAAAACCGAAUAUUGGUGUGAUCGAUCCUAUCACCUUUCGAUAGGAAGAUUUCGUUCAUGGAUGCAAAGUGUAGUAGACACAGCCCUUAAUAAACUACCAUUAGUGGACGGUAAACGAAUGGUAAAAGUAGAAGACAAAUACUUCAAAAUUGGUUACAAAAUGUCUGGACCUGCUAAUACUAUAACAAUAUGUAUGAAAGACGAUUACAUAAUCGAUGUCGAUUUGGUUCCAACCUUGUCGUUUGAGCUACCCAAACAACCGCACCAUUCAAACAUUGAUUUUAAUAAAGUAAAACAAACUAAAAUUUCCUACUAUUUUGCAGUGCCAAAACCAAGCAACAAUGAUCUAAGUUGGAGAUUAGCCUUUCCAUAUCAAGAACGAUGUUACACCGAUAAUAAAAACAAUUUAAAGAGUGCUUUAAAACUUUUAAAACUAUUUCGUGAUAUUCAGGGGUUUAAUCAGUUAGCUAGCUAUUUCAUUAAGACUUUAUUUUUAUGGGAAAUUGUAGAAAAUGAUGAGGAAUUUUGGAAAAAUAACUCAUUGACCUUCUUAGUACUCCAUAUGUUGAAAAGGCUACGAGAUAGUUUGGCAGUUGCAACAAUCAGUAAUUUUUGGUGCCCUGAUCACAAUCUCCUUGAAAAAAUUAAACUUGUCACAUGUGUUAAUUGGAGUAACCGCGUAUCUAACAUAAUAAAUGAUAUUGAACGAAAUAAAAUAAAUAAUCCGCAUGUAAUAUUAAAGUACUUUACAAAAACAUCGGAAUCGUGCACGAAGUGAACAUAAGUUUUGUAUAUUCAAUUCAAGUAACAGAUAGUCAUACUCAUAAGAAAUACUUCAUCUACUAAAUACUCUACGAAUGUAAAUACAUAGCUAUAGUUUUAAGUUAUUGUU